AUGUCUCCUCAGGAGAACAAACAGACCCGAGACCGCGACCCUCCUGCUCUCUUCGCUUCACUGAAUCCCCGCGUCAGCUUGCCCCAGAUGUCUUAUAUUCAAGGCAACGCGUUCGCGCAGAUGAAGGCCAAGGAGAGAGAGAGGCAGAGGCAGUUGGGUGAGAGUGCCAGUCCUAACCAAGAACAAACGCCGCGCCCAAGCACGGGCAGCGGCCGACGAUCAAAAGGCCUGGACUACGACCAGGAACUGGCCCUCCCAAUGCCAAAGCCGCGCCACCUGCCGCCAACUGAGGCCGAGUUGGCGGAGGUGGCAUCCAGCCAGAGACGGUCAUCGUCUACAUAUAGGGCGAGACUGACGAAGAAGCGCUCGGGGGAUCUGGCGCCAGAGAGCCCGACUGACUCAGGGAAGAAGUCCAAGGUCGCUUCGCUCCGGUCGAAGUUCAGUUUGAAGGACCUGGCCAGAGAGUUUCGGCGGGAGAACUCGUCCCCGCCUCCGGCGGUGCCUACUUUGCGAAAGUCUAGUAGCAGCGGCAUCUCGGCGGAGGGGGGUCUGAGGACACCACGGCUGGCGCAGUCACCUCCCUCUUUCGAGGAGGAGAGGCUGUACGUGCCGAAGGCACGUGGCGGAAAUACGGAGCAGCCGUCGUCGGCGCCGGCGGGCAAGUCGAGCUUCCACGAGUCGCUGGGCACGGACAGGGCGUCACAAAGCAGCAUGUAUUCGUCUCCUCCGGCGGCCAUGGCGAAGGGCGAAAAGAAGGCCGAGAAGUUCCGGCACGCGUUCAUCCACGAUGAACACAGCGAUGGCCUCACGAUGAGGCAGACGCAGACCGGCACGCGGCUAGAGACGCUGCUGCUCGAUGGAUCUUCUCCUCCAGCUCAUACGGGGGAACUGCGCAACGCUGGCCAUCCGGAGGUUGUCAUGCCAGGACAAAGAGUCUGCAGCAUGAAAGCAGAAGAAGGGCCAGUCACCCCGGUCAAAGCGACGGGGGGCCUUAUGCCCGCUGCAGAGAUUGUCUAUGAAUACUCGCCAUCCAUCUACGACGACAACACCGCAGAGGCCACGAACGCCCCAAAGGCCGGCCCCGUGGAGCAGAACAAGCCGGCGUCAGACAAACAGCAGAGGCAGCACCCAUUGAUCGUGUCCUCAGAUCAGGGCCGGAAGAAGAAGGCCCCACGCCGAGCACCGAGCCGGCAUGCCUUCGUGCCCUCGGGACCUCGACCUGCACAGACGCAGUAUGGACCAGGACAACACAACGCGCCCUUUGCCCCUCAGCUAGACUCUCAUCAGCUUGACUCACAAAUGCCUAUGGAUGAAGCGAGGUUCUUUACCGGCACCACUAGCCACGGAGGCUUCGCACCUCCUCCCCCUCAUCCCGGCUACCAGAACACGCCGACCCUGGAGCAGCAUGUCACGUCCCACGCCAACUCGAUCCACCACCACCUGGACACCGCGCUGGGAAAGCUGACCCGCAACACGGAGAACAACAUCAACUGGUCCACGGACCAGCUUAUCCGCCAGGUCGAGUCGGUGACCGAUGUAGCCCGGAUGCUGAACGCGCGUACCGUCAACCAGGCCGAUAUCAUCAGGGAGGCACAGCAGUCGAUCGAGUAUCUGCGAUGUCAGGUCAGUGAGCUGCAGCAUCAGUCGUUUCGGAUGGAGAACAAACUUGUGGAAUGUGUUCAAACAGAGCUGGCGCAGGUGAGAACUGACCUCAGAAAUCUGCCCAUCACCACGAGCAAAGCCCCCCACAACACCGCCGCGGGAUGGAGCUCCUCGCAAGGCGAGUCGCAGGGGGCAAGUCAGUACCUGGCAAAGGGGACCAAGGAGUACGAGAAGCGACAGAACAGCAAGAAGAAGGCUCGUGCGGCGACGGUUCCGAAGAGUGAGGGGGUGGUGAAAAGACCAGAGGAGGGCAAGAAGGUCGCAGCAGAACACAACAAGCAGGGUGAAUGUGUUGUGGCUACUAGUGCUGGCAGUCUGAACGAGACAGGCAAACGCGCCGAGCAGCAAGAACAAAAGUGUGCGGCUGGUGACCGCGGCGACCUGAGUGAACGUGGUGACAAUAACAACCUUCACUCUCACCCUUCGGAUCUUCUUCCUCCCACCACCUUCCACACCCCCUCUUUCCACAACGCUGAAGAACCAAACACUGCGAUUAAUCGAGAGAUCAGGCGAGCCAUCAAGAAUCCCCGGCAGGAGUCUUCUGGCAGUCCUGAGCCAAAGACAUCCAGACCAGCCAGUUCUACUCACAUUCCUCAACUCUCACCUGGUGAUAUCUUUGACGCCACCAAUAUGGUCUUUGGUUUCACUCGGUCCGACAAGGACAAGAAGGCCAAGAAGGCCGACAAGAUGUCCUCCAAGAAGGGCAGCAACUCCUCUAUGAAGCAGUCCGAGUCCGAGCCAAAGGACGUCAAGGCGAGUUCCGAUGAGGUCCUGUCCAAGCCCCAGGACAUCCUCGAGAAUGAAGGCAAGCCUAGCAUCGAACAGGCCAUCACUGACGAAAAGUCCGAGGUCAACGAUGAAAAGUCUGAGACCAAGAGCUUGAAGGCUGACUCCCAGGCUGACUCCCAGGCUGACUCCAAGGCUGACUCCAAGGCUGAAUCGAAGGACGACACCAAGGAUGUCAAGUCCACCCCAAACAAGAAAAAGAAGGGUGUGUUCAGCAGCUUCAAGCGGAACCGCGAUGGCAACAACCUGUCCUCGUCCUCCAGCGGUAUCUUCAGAACCCCUCAGCGCAACAAGGAUAAGGACACUGGUAUCAGCGCCAACGAGCCACUGAUCUCUCAGCCUAUCCCCAUCCCAAACCUGACUUCACGCUAUGACCUCUAUUGCCCCCUUCCUGGCAGCCCGGAGGCCAUCGCCAACCAGAACUCCACUGAGGGAGACCCUGUCUUCGUGCACCCUACACUGCGCACCCCACGCCAGAAGGCCAUCCUGGCUGAACGCGAGCGUCUCGAAGGCCUCGCUCGUCAGCAGUCCGCUGAAAACAUCCAGCUGCAGCCGUCUGGCGAGCCCUCUCAGGAUCAGCAGCACAUGCCCUUCGGUCCUAACCCUCUGUUGCCUCACCACAUUCCCGGCAUCUCAUACGGAGGUCCUAUUCAUGUCGGUCGCCCUCCUAUGCACCCACCUGUGACUUUUCGUCCCAUCUUGCCGGGCCGCCAGCAGCAACCUGCACCGUUCACCCACCCGAACCAGAACCCCCCUUCGUUCGGCCAGGCGCCUCGUGCAAUCGUCUCCCACUACUAUGGGGCACAUGGCGCCAACAACAGCUUGUUGACCAGCUCUCUCACUGGUGCUCCAAACGUCGUGAUGCCGCCUCGCUGGCAGCCAGGCAUGUCAUCCAUUGAUGACAUCUACAUGCGUCGUUGGUACCAGGAGAAUUGCGGCCAGGCGCCCCCCGAAACUGGCAAUCCCUAUGAGGCGAAUCAGUCCGGACAGGGCCAGGGCAAUUCGUCUCCCCAGGGCAACAAUUAA